CAGGAUCAGAACGAACCUUGCCUUUUUCCAAUGGCCUGAGAUCAUAAGAAGCCAUGCUUACCACAGAGGCAGCGAGAGAGUUCCAGGCCAAAGAGCGAAGGUUCAAAGAGCAGCUGAGGAGAAGUCUCUCUUCAGCGCUGUCUGCUGAUCUCCUGAGGCUGCUGCAGGAGGAGAUGGAGGCUGAUGUUAUACUGUGCACAAAUGCUGAUUCUCUCAAGGCACACAGAGCGGUUAUUUUGGCCCGGGUGCCCCGGCUCUUGAAGGGACAGUCCUACAAAGACCUUGCCACAGUCCACGUUCCGGGGAUGGACCUCUCAGGGCUCAAAGAACUCAUCAGGCGUGUGUACACAGCAGAGCAGCGUAUGCGCUCAGGGGAAAUCCUCCCAGAUGCGGAACGGGCUGCCCCAGCUGUUACAGACCUCCACUGUCCCUCUAACUCCGACCAGGGCCUGGAGCCAGCCUCAGGACUUGGGGCAGACUUGUUGGGUUUGUAUCAGCGUGGAGAGCAGUGUGACAUCACCAUCCAGGUCUCUGAGCAGCUCUUCUCCUGCCACAGGGCAAUUCUCUGUGCACGGUCUCAAUACUUCCGGGCCAUGCUGAGUGGGAGCUGGAUGGAGAGUUCCCAGCACUGCAUCACACUUCAGGGUUUAGGGCCUGAAGAGAUGGAAAUACUGCUACAGUUUAUGUACGGGGCUAUUGUGGAUCUACCGCCAGGAGCCAGUGCCAGUCAGGUAGUACUAGCGGCAGACAUGUUGGGACUGGACGGACUCAAAGAUGUAGUGGAGAUGGUUCUGAUCAGGGAUUACUGCCGCUUUUUUCCCAAGCCGAGUGAUGGGGUCCAGAAGGGUGUCCUUGAGUGCCUGUGCCUCACCCAUGCCUUAGGCCUUCACAACCUCAACUUGCAGUGUAAGAGGUGGAUCACAGAGCAUUUUGUGAAGACAUGGUCAGAGCGAAACUUCUCCCUGUUAUCUCCCGAACUUCAGAGAGUCUGUUUUAAUGCUCUAGCCGAAACUAUGGCUGUCCAGAACGCGGUGACGUUGCUGUGCGCCACGGAGCAGCUGAUCGGGAGUCUGCCUGAGGUGAAGUGGGCUCAGCAGGUCAAGAGUCUGGUUACAGAGCUCCAGGACCACAGCCUCAAAUACAUUGUCCAAAACCUUCCCAAAGUCAUACGCACUCAAGCCUUCCAAGAUCUACGCAGGAGAGAAGAGUUCACUACAGAACCCAUGUUGUUGAGGAAGCUCUGUUCAGCCAUAAAAGAGGGCGUAACCGUGGAAAACAGCUGUGAGCUCUACACUGCAGUGCACUGGCUGUGUGGAGAUGGCCUGAAGGAGUCUGGUCUGCUUCAGACUGGGCAGAGACAACAAGAGCCAUUCAAGCAGGAGAUUUGCAGCCUGCACGAUCGACUCUGGACCUUCCUCCUACAGACCUUUUACGCUGUUCGCCACACUCAAGGAUGGGAGAGCCUAUCACCCAAGCAUAGAGAGAGGAUUUUAGCAGAUGCAAUUGAUAAAGGGGACAAUAGAAGACUUGGGAAAAAGCCAGUAUUUUCUAGCUCACAGCCCCGGGCAGUAAAAUGCCCUGCUCCUGCUCCUGAGAGCCCUUUAAUCAGUAGGACACAAAGUAAACAAGUGUCCACUAUUGCCAAACCUCCCUCCUCCCAAAAUUCCGCUAUAGCCAUGAAAUCGGAUGCACUUGGGACAGCUCCCAAAGCAGGUGACAGUCCGAAGACAAAAAGCGUGAAGAAGUCAGCUGACCACGGGGUGCCGUCAAAAACAAAAACAGGAGCUACACCUGUUGUUAAUGGGACAAGUGUUCGGCGAGAUGUGGUGAGUGCGAAUGGCCCAAGAAGUACAACAGUAGCCAAAGACCAAGAGAGGCGGCCAAAUCCUGGUGCAAGACCAAAAACCUCUCUUCCAAACCCCACAUCCCAGGGACCAGGGUCCAAGGUCCAAAAAGUCAAACCUGAUGGCCCCACUGUUCAGGCCUCCUCCACAUCGGGCAGUGCUUCACCUGAAAAUGGUGCCAGCAGCCCCAAAAAUGAUGCCCAAACAGUGCCAGGUGCCAAACUGAAACAGCAGGUCAAAAUCAUGAACAAGUCUGCACCAACGAAAGCUCCUCAGAAGACACAGCCAGCCAAGACAAGCAGCUCUUCAAGCAAGCCAAGUGUGAGAGAGACCAGUAAAGUCAAAACAGUUGGAGCAGAGAAAACAACCACUGCAGCAACGAAAGCAGAUACCAAAGGAAGAGCAUCAGACAAUUAUGCCGCCAGAAAUGGCAUUUCUACAAAAAAGCCUGCAUCUCCUAAAAAAGACAACAAACCAUCUGUGGACAAAACGACUAGCGAAGCUCCAAAGAAGAAAACAACAAAACCUGCUUCAGCCACAGUACCCUCAGCUAAAGGCAGCGCUAAACCUAGUGUCAAGUCCACCUCAGUCAACGCUAAGCAGUCUCCAGCUACUACUGCCAAACCAGGACCAAAAUCUAAGACUGCUACCGCUGACACAGGGUCACCAAAAUCUGGUCCAAACACCAAAACAGCAACCACGGCUGGCAAGAAAUUAGCAAUAAAAGAGAAUGAGACAGGAAAUGUUAAAAAUCAGGAUGCUAAACUUGAAAUAGCUAUUGUUCGGACUGGUCAUGCUGCAGAGGAGCCGCAUAAAGAAACAUACAUUAAGGAACCUAUGCAGACAGAAAGCAAAGGUGAUGGCGUUUUGCGUCAAUUAGAUUUAAAAGAAAAUUUGGAAAAAACUACAGCGGAAAAAGAAAAUGUCCAGGCAGCUAAAUGUGCUCCCCAAGUAAAUCCAGCCAAUGUAGAGAUGCCUAUACCUGCUAUAGAUGCUAAGCAAAAAACACAAUCAAACUUUUCCAAUCAAGUCAAUGACACUAAUUCACCUAAAGAGAUAGACCGCCCCUUAACAGGCACACCUUGCAGUAUCGGUAGCACUCCUUUGGAAGACUCCUGGAGCAGCAUGCAUCCUCAGUGCACACCCGAAUCGGAAACAGGAAGCCAGGCAACCUCAUCGGAUGACAUCAAACCCCGAUCAGAGGACUAUGAUGCGGGUGGUUCACAAGACGAUGAUAUUUCCAAUGAUAGGGGCGUGUCCAAGUGCGGUACAAUGAGAUGCCAUGAUUUCCUGGGCCGAAGCAGCAGUGAUACAAGCACUCCAGAAGAGCUCAAAAUGUACGAAAGUGGUUUGAGAGUCGAGGUCCGAAUGCGAGGAAGAGAUAUGGAGACGACGAGCGAUGAGGAGGCAAUAAGACAAAGGCCGAGGUCUUGGUUGCAUCGAGAUGAGAUUGCGGCGGCGGAGGAGGAGUAUUCUGAAGUUGAAGCCACAGUAACGGUGAAAAGCGUUCCAGAACACCAGUUGUUUUCCUCUGAAGACGAGGAAGAGGAAGAAGAGGAGGAGGAAGAAACAGAGGAUGAAAAAUCUGAAGUUGAAGUUAUCCCCAAAACAGAAACAUCCCCGCAUUUUCAAGGAAUUGUGAACCUGGCUUUUGAUGAUGAAAGCAUAGACCAGGAAAACCAGGAGCAGUACCAGACGUCAAAUUUCCGUAGAUCCGUACUGCUUUCUGUCGAUGAAUGUGAAGAACUGGGUGAAGAAGGAGGUGAAACUGCUCAGCAAAAGCCAGAUGCUGCUAUAACGCCAUGUGAUGUUUUUGAACCAGACAGUAUAGUUAACGAGGAGGAGAAAGUCGGCCAUCUUGGAAUUUCACCAGAGCACAAAACUAGCGAGGAUGACAAGUCUGUAUUUCUAACUGAAAUCCAGGAGCAGGUUAAUACCCAAGAAGACAUAUCCCCCUGCCCUCCCCAGGACACACCCCAAGAGCGACCAUGUCAUCUUGAUUUACGAAACACUGAACACUACAACAAUGUGUCGUCACGUAAAAAUCCAACAGGAAGCAAGAAAACCGAAUUGCAUCUAGACUUACAUGAAUCUCAACUGACCUCACAACAGGGUGCACAAUCUCCAGCAGGAGACAGUGCUUGUCAAAGAAUGGAGCAAAUCUGCAAACAUGACCGUCGUCCAUCUGCCAAAGCGUUGUCUCCUAUUUACGAGAUGGAUGUGGGGGAAUCCUUUGAGAACUGCGUGCAAAAGCCUAACCAAGAAGAUGAAGAAACCGAAAUCAAUAGCGAAUUUGCAGAAAAAGACUGGAGCUUGCUUAGGCAGCUCUUGAACGAAAACGAGUCCAAUCUUGGUGUAAUAAACCCAGUGCCAGAGGAGCUUAAUUUGGCACAGUAUCUUAUCAAACAAACCCUAUCUCUAUCUCGGGAGUGUGCAGACACUCAGGCUUUUCUUUCGCCAGAAAAGGAAUCGUUUAAGCGGUGGGCGGAAUUGAUUUCGCCCCUGGAAGACUCAUCUACCAGCAUCACAGUGACAAGCUUCUCGCCCGAGGAUGCAGCAUCACCGCAAGGCGAGUGGACCAUUGUGGAGCUGGAGACGCACCACUGAGAGAGAAGCACAGAUAGGGUGACCACCUCAAAAAGGAUUAAUAAGUCAAUUCUCUUUCAACUAAAUAGAAACAUGCCAUGCCAAAAUGCAUAUUGA